UUAAAGCCCAAUAUAAUAAAUAAAGAUAGUAAGAGAGGAAAUGAGGAGUAGGAGAAUCAUUAGUUCAUUUUGCUGGUUUUUGAAGAAAUAGAAGUGGAGGAGAGGAACAAGAAGAGGAACUAGGGUUUUGGAGGAGAAAUCAAGAGGUAAGGGGGAGAAUCCCUAAUCAUUGUGGGCUAGUAUAAUGGGGUAUUUGGUAGUUUAACAUAUUUACAAUUGUUCAUGGAUGAAUCUUAUAAAAUAGGUAUUUUAAUUUCUGUUAGUAUGUUGAAAAUCCGUAGAAGAAUUAGAAAUUGAAAACCAAGUAAUGCUGAAGCUAAUACCUCUGUAUGUCAUCCCAUGGAAAUGAUGACGACGGUAUGGCAAAGCGAGAUUUGCCGCCACGAUAUGCUAUGCCUUGUCUUAAUUUUCUUUCGUUUCAUUUACUUAAGUGUGUGGCUGUUAGUUUCAUUUAAUUAUUUAUGUGGUUGCUAGUGGUUGCUUGGGAAAAUUCUAAAUGAGCAAAUACCAUAAUUAAUUGUUGGAAAAUACUAUGGCUCUUUGGCUAUAAAAAAAAAGGCUAUAAUCCCUUGGUGCAUACAAAUGAAACGUGUUCUUCCCUGUUUCUUUCAUUAUCUUUUUUUUAUUUUAUUUCUUACUUGGCUAAUGAUGCUAGCCUACUAAAGUUCACAUGUGAAUAUCUACCAAGUUUUAUCAGUAGUAGCAAUUGGUAGUAGCAUAAUUAGUGAUUUGAAAAGGGAAUUCAUUGCUAGUUAAUUAUUAAAGAAACAAAGGUGAGACAUAGUAAAUGCUAUAGGAUAAAGAAAUGCCAUGGUGAUGCAUCAUUGGUCAACUAAAAAACGUGAUAUGAUGAUGAUGGAUGACCGCGGCUACUGUUGAUUACUUUUGGUCAAUUGAGAGACAUAAACACACCACUUGUUUUGAAUAAACACCACUUGUAAAAAUUCUGUUACGGUAGCGAUAAUCUACAAUGCGUAGUUACUAUGACCACUAGCUGUAGUUCCUUGGACAAUUAAGUGGCACAAUGAACAUGUGAAUUCUUGCAUAGGUUGAAAGAUUGCAUACUGUAGCGCCUUCACACUUUAUUAAUUUCACAUUAAUAGCCACAUAUGAUAAUAUAGUUAGAUUAAUUAGUAAUUAGGUAUGUUUGAAUGGAAUUGACUUUCUAUGAAAGAUAAUAGGUUCCUAAUAAAAAUAGUAGUUGGACUGUAUUUUUAUUUAUGGUACUAUAAUUGAAAUUUAGAAAUAGCUAGAUGAUAAAAAUUUUAAUGUCUUGUUGGUUUAAUAUGAAAGUGAGUAAACCAUAUGAAAUUGACAAAUAGGGAGUUAGCAUAUGAUAGUGUUAAUUACUAGUGUUGAUUGAAAUAUUGGAUUGGAAUUGUGUGUUGACUAUUAUAUGUGAAUAAUGCUUAUGUGAUGAGAAUGUUGUGUACAAUAUUGUGGAUAAUUCAUUGAGUGAAUUAUUGUGAUAUGCUAAAUAUUAAGAUGGUAGAGAUGAUCUUAAUUGCAUAUGUUGAUUUACAUUGUACAUACAUUCAUAUCAUGGAUGCCUUGAAACAAAGGUGGUUUGCUUUGAAACAUAAGCGAGGCUUAGAUUCUAAAGUGAAUCGGAGGCGGUAAACUAUAUGUUUACGUUUGGUGGGCUUUGGUCUUGUCCGGAUCGGAAGCGUGGCUUGGAUUCUAGAUAUUGAAUCGGAAAGCGGUGAAACUUUGGGUUCACAAUUCGGUACCACAUGCAUAGCAUCACAUAUCUUGCAUUGAGUCACAUUAAAAUUAUGCGAUAAUUGAUUACGUGAAGUUGAUGUAGUUGUGAUAUGUGUACGAGUUUGAUAAUUGAACGAGUGAAGUUUGAAUACAUAUUUGAUUAGAUGUGUGAAUAUGCGAGAAUUAUGAUUGUGUACUUAAUUGAGAAUAUAAUAGUUAAAUUGAAAUAUUAUACUAUUUAAGCUUGUUGUAUACUCGAUAACAUGUGAAAUAUGUGUUGAUUACUAUUAUCUAUCCUGUUUUACAUAGUAUGACCAAUUACUUGAAUUGUUGAUUUAACCAUUAUAUUCUGUUAUACUUUCUUCAUAAUGGUUCGUAUUCUCACCCUUCUGUUUUAAUGUUGCCCUCGUUUGGCGACAUGCAGGUUCUGGAGUUUAGUAGCCGCGUGUAACUUAGCUGGAGGUUCUUCCUUGGUUAUUGGAGACUAGGAAGAUGGCUACGGGAAGGAAUGUUGACAUUAAUGUUUUGGCAAUGAUGAGGUGGACUGGUGCGAUUGGACAAGCGCCGCAAGAAAAUGUCGGUUAUGGAGGAAAGGAUGAGUUCCGUGCUUUUGGAGACUUUCAAAGGUGCAACCCGCCGAUCUUUGAAGGAGGGUAUGGACCGGACAAAGCGCACGCAUGGAUGAGAGAAAUUGAGAAGAUCUUUCAAGUCGUGAGUUGUACUGAUGUACAGAAGGUACAGUUUGGUACUCACAUCCUGACAAAAGAAGCUGACAUUUGGUGGAGUAAUACUGUGUGGAGAUUUGCAAUAGAAGGUAUUGAAGUUACUUGGACUCUUUUUCGUGAUGCAUUUUUGGGAAACUAUUUUCCAGAAGAUGUGCGUGGAAAGAAAGAAGUGAGGUUUCUACAAUUGAAACGAGGAGGAGAACAGUUCCGUGAGAAAUUGUAUGAUGACAUGAGGGAACAAUCUGGUCUUGAAGAGAAGCCAAGUGGGGGAGGAGCUUCUAUUCUGAUUAAGUGCUACAGGUGUGGCGAGACGGGUCACAAAACUGUUGAUUGUGGAGUUGGUUUGAGUAGGACUUGCUACAGUUGUGGUGAGCAAGGACACAAUUGUGCCAUGUGCGAUAAGCCAAAGAAGGAUCAAGCGAAAGGAAAAGUGUUUGCGUUGUCUGGUGCUGAGACUACUUCUAAGGAUAAGUUAAUCUGAGGUUCUGGAGUUUAGUAGCCGCGUGUAACUUAGCUGGAGGUUCUUCCUUGGUUAUUGGAGACUAGGUAGUGAGUCGAUGCUCUGGUCAUGUAACACUGGGUAGACUAGGUGUAUUGAACUCAUGUUAUAUUUGCGUAUGUAUUAUGCUAUGACUGGUGAACUUAUUUAUUAGUUACAUGUCUUUUGAGAGGUUUACAAGCCAAACCAUUUUGAUUAUGUUUAUGUUGAAUUGAGAUUUAUUAGUCGAUGUAUGAUCAUGGUAUGGGACAUGAAUCAUUGUAAAUCACAUGAGUAUCAUAUAUUUCCGCUGCAAAGGCAUAUUCAGGUUAAAUUGUGAUUUGGUAUUGAGUGUUAUUAAAAUGAC